UACAGAUAAAUGUAUUGUUGAUGGCUUUAAAAUGUCUCUGCUUUAACAAUGUCAUUUUUGUUCUUCAAGGUCUGUAAUGUAAAGGUGUCUGCAUUUGUACUGUGAAUGAUCAGUAGAAGACAUUAAACAAUGGAAAAGCCAGAGGAUUCUCCACUGGAGACAUGGAAUGAGUCUAUGGUGAGCAUCUGGUUAAGAUCGAUAGGAAUCAAAGAAACAUAUAUCGAAAAACUUCAUGAAGAGGAAGUAGAUGGUCGGAUUCUACGUGAACUAUCAGAAGAAAAUUUGAAAAAAUGGACUGGAAUGAAAUCCGGGCCUGCGCUUUUGAUAAUCAAAAAAAGAGAUGAGUUAGUAAAUAAUUCACAAAAAGCCCAACGACAACAUGAUACUUCACACAAACAGUCUUCUGAAAAAAAUGACCAUGGAGCAAGUGCAAUUAAAAGUGUUGACACAAGAGCCGAUGUCAAUGAAGAGAACAAGGAAGAAGAUUCUGUACUUGUGGUAACAACAAAGAGAGAUUCAAAACCAAGACCUUUUUAUAUGAAAGGUGUUGAUUUUACAUAUGUUAAGAACAGUGUACUCUUACCAGAAUCAGGGGUUAGUGAUUUUGUUUUUCCAUGUCAUGAGUACAAGUCAUUUGCCAUUGCUGCAACACUGGACCGCCAAAGACUACAGGCCAAGUUCGCAAAGGAAGUGCUGAAGUUUGCUACUGGUUGUAUGAAUGUUCGUACAAAUGGCACAAUACAUUUUGGUGUCAUGGACAGUAGAGGUGACACUGGUUAUGUACAUGGUGAAAUCAUUGGUGUUCCUGUCGAGGAAAAAGAUGUAUACUGUGAUUCAUUAGAUUACAUUGAGAAGAGUUUCUCUCGCUCUGAUAGCGAACUUGUACGACUAUGUAUUGGUGAACCUCAGUUUGUUAAAGUAGUUGGUUCAAACAGCAAUGUGGAACACUAUGUUGUGGAGGUUGAUAUUAAGCCAGCAGUAAACAUAGUGAAGAAUAAGGUGUUCUCUGUUAGCCUGCCAAAUUUCAAUGAGAAGGCAAACAAAGUUAAUUUUGAGAAGAAAACCGCUUAUCGGAGAGUGGGUUCUAAAACAGAACCGGUGGCUGACCUGGAUGAGUUCUACCAACAGAUCAAUUUUAGGGAUGCUCAGAGAGAAGAGGCAGAGAAAAAUGAUCAAUUCACAGCACCAAAACUGUGCCAGAACCUGGGAAAAAAGCUCAAAAUGCUUAUAACAGGUGGAAAGAAAAUAAUGGACAAGGAAAAAUGGCACAUACUUGUCACCAAUCGAUUUCAGGAGAAGGAUCUGCAACACAUAGAUUUUUUGCUGAACAUGAACAUCUUCUGUGUGUUUGACUUUGAUCCAGAUUCCAAUGGUUCUGGGUUAUGCCAUGAAUACAAUAAGCAUCAUGUAGUGAACCGCCAUUUCAUGCAGAACUACAAAAUUCCCAGUGGCUUGAGCAUCCGAGACUUGGAGAGUCAUCUGCGUCUGUUUGAUCAAACCAGCUGGAUAUUUUGCAAUGGACGGAGCGAUUACAAAGGCAACGAGCCUUCCUGUGAUGAGAAGACCUGGGUCAAAACAAAAAGAACUCUUCUAAAAGAUUGUGUGUCAUUGAUCUGCAAAGAUAUCUUGCCAAAAGGAACCUUUCAAGUGAUCUUCCUUCUUACUUCCCCGGUUGACACACCAUUCCUCAACACGUUCUAUGAGUUCUUCACUGACAUGGAAGGACAUGAAGACAUUAUCUGCCUUGCUGAAUCAGAGGAGAAUUUCAAGGACUGGCAAAGGUUUGCUCUAGGAUCCUGUGACAUGGAAACAGUAAACAGUUCAAGUGUUGUUGGGAUGACAAUAAGUCAGGUAAAUGCAACCCUCCAACAGGUCCAGCCUACCACUACAAGGGCCACCAAACGAUUACCGAUCCAUGUCAAAGGGGAGUGUUUCCUUGAUACUCGAGAGGAGGAAGCAAGAUGUUCAUUAGAGAUUCUGAGUCUAAACCACUGUGAAGAAACUAGUCCCGAUAUCAUGGAAUCUGAAAAGGUGAAGAUUGAGCAGCAGUUUUACCAUGGAGGAAAAGUAACUUGGAUGAAUCUCUGGCUUGCAGAGAAAAAAAUCAUUGGGGAGGUUAUUCAAAGAGAUGCUUACAAUGAAGUCAACAAUAUGGUGAAAGACUGUCUCAGUUGGAGUUUAGAUCGAGCACCCAUCAGCUGCAUCAACAUAUACCAUCAUCCUGGCAGUGGUGGCAGUACUGUGGCAAGGCAGGUACUGUGGAAUAACCGAAGGGAUCUAAGGUGUGCCGUUGUAGAUCAUUCUAAAUCUGCAUCGGUUGUUUCAGAAGAUGCUGUUUGGCUCCGGGAAUACGAAGAAAAAGAUCCCCAAAAAUGCCUCCCUGUUCUCCUGUUGUUUGAAGACUGUGAUCAAGAGUAUUUAGAAGAUGUAAAGAAUGAAUUGGAAGUGGCUGUCAAUACUAAGAAAAUAGCACGUGGAACUCUCUGCUUCAUUCUGCUAAGUUGUAAGCGAUCACACAAUCCAGAGAAGAUGUGCAAGGAAUCACCUCAACAGAAUGUUUCUAUUACUCAUAAACUUUCUGAGACCGAAAAAAUGCAGUUUUCCACAAAACGAAAAAGACUUGAAAAACAGUUCAAGCCAGAAUUCAUUCUAACAUUUGUCCUGAUGAGUGAGGAAUUUGAGAGCCACACAAUUGCUGAAUAUGUGAAGAAGUUUGUCAAGAAUUUACUGCAAGACAUUGACCACAAGUCUGUUGUUACUAAGCUUGUUCAGUAUGUGGCAUUGCUCAACACUUAUGUGCAGAACUCUUUCAUCUCUCAGUCACAUUGCGAAGCUCUCCUGGCUCUGUCCAUCUGUGUGGAUAGGUUUCGACAACAUGCCUUUGAGACUUCUCUAAGUGAGGCAGCUAAAUUGGUCUUAAUACACUUGAGGGAUGAAAACACCUAUAUUAACUCCAUCAGAAUCAUUCAUCCACUUGUUGCAAAGGAAAUCCUACAAUUUCUGGGUGACAAACAACAACAAAGUGAUCUUGCUUUGGAUCUUCUCAACAAUGAUGUGCUCUUUGAGCACAGGUUUGGUAAAGAUCAGUACAUGAAGUUCUUGCGAGAUCUGUUCAUGACACGCCACAGGAUAAGCAAAGGUGAUAAAUUUGACAGCUUUUUCUCUCCCCUAAUUGAGCACGUGAGAGAGAAAGAGUGUCCAGAUAAAGCCAUUGAACUUCUAAAAGCAGCUUACAAGCGUUUUAAUGAGGAUGCAUUUUUUGCUCAGCAACUGGCUCGUCUCAAUUACAAACAUGACAGAUUUGAAGAAGCAGAAAAGUGGGCAAAAACUGCAGUAGAGAAAAGGCCAAAGAAUUCCUAUAUUCUUGAUACCAGAGGUCAGGUGUACAGGCAGUGGUUCACAGCUAAAUGUAAAGCCAUGGAGCAGGAUGAAAAAACACCUAAAAACACAGUAGAUGCUUUGGAAACGGCACUAAAAGCCAUUGAAUGUUUCCAGGAAUGCAAGAAUGCAGCAGUUGAGGACAAUGAGACCAUCAACAAUGCUGGAUUUGUUGGAGUAGUAGAGGUAGGAUGUGCAUUGCUGAAUCUAAUGCGCACUCUUCAUGUCUUCUCAAAAAGAAAGUCUUCAGAAUUAAUCAAAUACCUCCUUACAGAUUACAUUCCUGUUGAGAUAAAAGAACCCUGGGAACAGUAUCAUUGGAAGCUGAAAAACCUCCAAAAAAUAAUGCUGGAAGCACUGGAAUGGAUUUCGGAAGACUUGAGUUACUUCCAGACUGACCUGAAAACCGAUGAGGAGAAGACAUCUGACACUGUUGAGAGGACCAUAAAGCAUCCAAUGCACUGGCUGGUCAAUAAGUCUUUUGCUUAUGGCAAAUUAUUCAGUGGUGCUUCUCUUUUUACAGAUCAAAACCAAGGGCACUUAAGUCCUCUCAUGAAACGCAUGUUGAUUUAUUAUCAUGGCGGCGGAAACAUCACAACAAUUUUUUCCCUCCUAACCAACCAGAAAGAUGGUAACCCUGUGAGUGUUCUGGAGCAAAUUAUUUCACUUUACCCAAGGAAUCCUAUGAGGGCACAAAUGCUACCAGCGGACCUUGUCAAGUACAUAGCAUCUCAUUUUGCUUUAAGUUGCCUCUCAACACAGUCUUCCAAGCUGGCUGCAUUUCAGGAUCUGCAGAGGCUGAGUCACCAAUUCCCUAAAGAGAAACUGAGAUGCUUGCCAAGUGCUCUUUUCUUACUCGUCUUACUUUUCUGGCCAGAAGAGCAUGACACAGAAGUGGAGAAAGAACACAAGUAUGAAACUGUUCUCUCUGCUGUUGAACAUCUCCAGAGAAACUACAACAAGAAACUGAAGGACAUCCCUCCAAGGAAAAAGAGGAUCUACACUCAUUUCUUCCUGGGCAAUGGGACUGGAUUUGAAAAGUUUGUCCACAAGAGCAAGGUUGAAACAAUCACAAAACUGCUGUCUAUUUCAGAAAAACGCAUGAAAUGGUUUAGUGGAGAAGUAUGGAAAAUGCCAGAAAUCUCUAAAUUGCUGAGAUCUGUCACAGGCUGGACGGAGGAUGAGAAGGUUUUUCUGGAAGGUCCCAAAGGAAUGAAAUUUCAAAUCCCAGCUCUCAAGUCAUCCUCAAUACCCCAUAACAACGAGAAUGUCACAUUUUACCUGGGCUUCACUUUUAAAGGACCUGUUGCAUACAACAUUACUGUACAAACAUAGACAAACUUAUGUACAUUGAUGGCCCGAUAUCUGUCUUUGGGCGCAAAUUACUGUACAUUUAAGGUGAAGAAGAUGUUCAUGUCCUGUGUAGCUGAAAAGCCAUUUUAUUAUAAAUUAACAUCAGCACUGUACAUUGAUAGUGAGAAAUAGUUUGUUAUUAUAUUCAGUGUGAUUGGUAACUUGAUAUAUUUUGUUGAAUUUACUGCAUUUCCCCCACAGAUAUCCUUAAUACAUAUAGAUAUCUACUGAGAUUUGUAUUUCACUGCAAAUGAUUUAUUGUAGCUCUUUUUUAUAUCAUGAGGAAUUGAUUCUGGGGAAAUUAAAAUCUACUAAUAAGGUUGGAGGGCAAUUUAUUUUUUCUUACUUGUUUUAGUCUGUGCAGGUUUUUGUUUCUAAAGUUUUAUUGUUCUUUUUUUUACUUCUAAGUUCUUUUUUUACUUCUAAGUUUACAUGCCUUAAAUGUUUACGGGAAAAUGAACAUUUUUGUUAUAAUUUUCUCAAAAUUUGUUCCAAACCUGUAUGCAUUGCUUUCUUCUGUCUCAUUUUUACAGAAUAUCUUCUUUUGUGUUCCAUGCAUAAAGCUUUGUAAUAAUAAAUGGUGAUGGUUUUUAAUUUUUUCAUUGAA